GUUCCUAGUAUAUAAUAUAUCAAACACUGAGACUCUAGGAAUUAGCAACUUCCUGCUUCACCUUCGCAGUUCACCCGUCCUCAUUUCUCUUUCUUCAUUGCAGCUUUCGUGCCUUUACCCACCGCCAACACACAAGAUGCAGCUCGUCUAUCUCGUAGUCAUGCUUGGUGCGCUGGUAGCAGCCGGCUCAACCGACCCGCAUGACCAGCAAGCAGACCACUCGCUGGUUCCUCACUCCGGUCACUUGCUAGAGACCAUGGACUCGCCCUGCACCGAGGAGCCUAACAUCCCUGGACCCAGGGUACAGACCGGCAAGCGAUCGCUUCUUGGUGUGAACCGGAAAAGAGAUUCCGAACUUCUCAGUGAUCUGGUGGGCGGGAGCUUCGCUCCCGCUUUCCGCUCUUCCGCUUUCCUCUCAGCAUUGUUAAUACGCGUGGAUUCCAUCAUUGGCUGA